CAGAAUGACAUUUAACCUAAUGAUAAAGUCUCUGCUGGCACUGCAGCUGAUCAGCGGAACUGAUACAGCCCGCAAGAGAUGGGUGGGGGAGGCAACCUGGAGUGAACCCAACAACUGGAAUAAUGGAUUACCAAGCGGCUGUGACGGAGCUCUUAUAGAACCAAACCAGAUUCUCACCAUAGCAGCCCAGGCCAACAUAGCUGAAAUAUCCUUUGGAGGCGACAGUGCGAUUGUCUUUGAUAGUUUUUCAGAAGUUGCGUUCGGGCAGGGUGGAAAUUACUGUAACGAUGUGGAUAAGAGCAUAAAGUUUUACGAAGCAGCUAGAGACGACUUCUUGUCUGUAGAGAACUGGGAGGCAGAUGGUGACCUGGACGAUUUGGACCUUCUCGAUAUCCACAGAAUACCUUGUCAGAACGACAUCAUAGAAGUUCCCCACCGCCAAAUGAGAGCAGAACUACACUCCCCAGUCAAAGUGGGGGCAGUCAGCUACGGAGGACAGCAUCUCUCCAGAGACCAAGUCCAUGACUGGCUCAACUCUCCUGAUGGAAGAAAUGAGCUGAGGAUGUUAUCUUCGUUCGUGCUGAGUGAUGUUUCCUACUGCAAGUCAAGGAGUGGGUGUGAGUGUGGGAAUGAAGCUUCUUGUAAUGGAACCACCUGUAGGUCUCCUCUUCUCUGUGAUUACCCUGUAACUACUCCCACCAUGUGUUGUCCUUUCUGUGGUUCUCUCAUGACAGUUCCAGUUAAUUAUGAGAAGUCCUACAGGCAACUCCAACUUGAACUCUCCACAAUUCUCUCUCAUCUGAGCAUUCCGCAAAACCUCAAAAUGGGCAUUGAUCAAGGUAAACUGUACCUAGUUGUAGAGCAGCGCGGAGACCAAUCCACCGUUGACGUAUCAGAGGUGGUGAUGCAACGCCUCAUACUCAGUAACUACUCUACACCACAACAGAUAGAGGUGGUUAGAAGCUCAGCUCCAGUCAUUGCAGAUCCUAUCCAUCAGACUAAAGUGCACACAAACUCCAUCUUGUUAGUUGUUCUAGCCUGUAUGGUGCUCUGUCUCAUUACUCUAGGUCUAGUUUUGUUGUACAUCAUACGAAGAAAAACGUCCAUGUUCAGACCAGUCCAAAGAAAUGACUCUCAGAUGAAUGCCUGUAAUACGUAUGAAACACUUGAGCCAGACCAGCACUUGUACGAGACGAUCAGAAUAAGCAGAGUUAAAUCUGACGAAUACUACAGUCCGGUAACAGAGUACUCACCCAGCCAAGAUAAGAGAGAGCCGUGCCUCUACCGUUACCCUGGAGACGAACAGACUCCCUGUUGUCACCCUGACAACAUUGAGCUUAGCAGCCGGUUGGGGAUGGACAAACAAAACACUUUAACAUCAGUCUGAACAGUGUAUGGGUCGAGAAUUGAGUUCUCACUUCAUGUUUCAACGGAGCAACUUAUGCAGCGGUGCAAUAUCAGCGACUGAAAUUCUGAUUUCCCUGAGCAACUAGGUGGUAAGAGGAAGAGAAGAGAAGACUGAAGAUGUACUGGCUGGGUUAGUACUCUGCUAGAAGAAUGCCAGAAUCUAUAAGUGAAACUGAAGAUAGCAACCAUUUUGUUGGACAAUUCAGAGAGAUGAAAUAUAUCUUGUGAUUCACUCACCUCGUGCAAAACGGGUCAAAUAGAAACUUGAUGGAACUAUGUUACCGUAUAUUCGAGCCAAUGGUUCAAUCGGAGUUUGAACUUUAUGUAAUUCGAUUAACUUAUUAUCUAAAUCAGUUGUAUGAUUGUGUUUCAGUAAGAGCUGUUUAGUAAUUAGUUUAUUAGUACAAUUUAUCAAAACAAUGUCUACUACUUACUAAUUAGUAAUGUCUUGUGUUUUCAAGAACCUGAAGCCUCAUUCUCAUAUUCUCAUUAAACAUUUCUUGAAUAUUUCAGCUAUACUUU